AUGGGAUUAGAAGACGAUGAAGUUAAUGACAAGGCUACGACUACUGUGACAAUAAAUGAUACUUCCAAGGAAUCGGUUACUACUACUACUACUACAACAACAACAACAACAACAAUGCCAGCAACAACUUCUACUCAUUAUACCAAUACCAACAUACCUUCUAGUAAUAUCAGUUUAUCACCUGCCGUUUCCGCCUUUCAACAAUUCUGGUCUCCUCCUUCUAUGGCCAAUACUUCUGUUUUGUCUUCUUCGCCCAAACUCUCUUCUUCCUCUCUCAGCAAUAAUGCUCACAAUUCUCAUUAUGAUGCUUCCUCUCACACUUUGGAAAAUGGUUCAUCAACAAUGCCUCCCAUAGUACAUAUCAAAGAUGGAUACAUUUACAAGGAUAAAGUAGUCAUUUUGGAUCAAGAAAGAAAAGAACAACUUUUGAAAGUAGGCACUAUCUUGUUACAAGAAGAAUGGACUUAUUGGUAUGAUAGAUAUGUGCCAAAUUUACCUGCAUCGGAAUAUGAAGCUAAUCUUCAAAUUAUAUCAACGGUUGGUACAGUACAGAAAUUUUGGUCUGUGUACAAUAAUAUUGAUGGUCCUGAGAAAUUGGGUUUUAGAAGCAAUUUACAUUUUAUGCGCAAAGGUAUCAAGCCAAUAUGGGAAGAUCCAAAAAAUGAAUAUGGUGGGUCUUUUAAUUUCAAGGUCAACAAAAAUCAAUCACCUAUUGUAUGGAGAGAUCUACUGGUACUAUUGAUUGGUGAAAAAGUGGAACAUUGGUUAAAUGAUACAGUCUGUGGGGUAUCCGUAUCAUCAAGACAACAUUGUGACAAUUAUCAAAUCUGGGUUAGUAAUGGACAAGAUAAGAAAACGGAUCAAGAUAAUGCUGCUGUCAAAAAAGCAUUAGCUGAUCUUUUGGAUCCUGCUGAAAUUCAAUCAUUUUACUUCAAGAUUCACAAAAACCAUGCUGCAUUCCAAAAGGAUAGUUCUACCAAUUCAUUAAAUAGAUCGACUGGCAAUAAUACAUAUAUCAAAUACAAUAAUAGCAACAAUGGAUCACCUAUCAUUCGACCUCCAGUUCUAGGUGAUAUGCGACGAAAAAUUACUGAAGAAAGCAUAGAAAAAGUCGUAGCUGAUAUUGAACGGUUAAGUUUGAAACAAAAAACCAUUAGAAAAGUCAAUAGCAAAAGCUCUAUAGUUAGUUCCUCUUCAUAGUCUAGUUUAUUAUGCAUCUUUGAAAUAAAAAAUAAAAUAAAAAAAAAUUAGCAU